AUGUCUUCGACCUCGAUCCAGCAAGCAUAUCGCAGCGAGUUCGAUACGUUUGGAGAGUUGAAAGUACCGGCGGAUAAAUACUAUGGAGCUCAGACGCAAAGAUCCCUUCAAAAUUUUGACAUUGGCGGUGAACAAGAGCGGAUGCCACCAGCGCUGAUCGAGGCUUUCGCUUAUGUGAAGAAGUCCGCUGCCAUCGUUAACAUGACCUACGGUUUGGAUCCCAAAAUAGGCCAGGCAAUUUGUCAAGCUGCCGACGAGGUUAUCAGCGGCAAACUGAGUGACCAUUUUCCCUUGGUUGUCUUCCAAACUGGUUCCGGUACCCAAACCAACAUGAAUGUUAACGAGGUGAUAUCGAACCGAGCAAUUGAAAUCCUUGGCGGAGAAAAGGGCAGCAAGAAGCCCGUCCACCCGAACGAUCAUGUCAAUAUGUCCCAAUCCUCUAACGACACAUUUCCUACGGCGAUGCACGUGGCUGCCGUGUUUCAAAUCACUCGGAAUUUGAUUCCUGCUCUCGAAUCGCUCAUCCGCGCGAUUGGCGCCAAACGGGUAGAGUUCGACUCGAUCAUCAAGAUCGGACGAACUCAUCUACAGGAUGCUACUCCGCUCACGCUUGGCCAAGAGUUUUCUGGCUAUGAACAGCAGCUGAUCAAUGGUCUGGCGCGUGUCAAGGCUUCUUUGCCCAGACUCUCGAUGCUUGCCCAGGGCGGGACAGCAGUUGGAACGGGUCUGAACACUAAAUCUGGAUUUGCUGAAGCCAUCGCAAAGGAAAUCACUCAGCAAACUGGGAUUCCCUUCGAAACCGCACCUAACAAGUUCGAAGCGCUUGCCUCGCAUGAUGCCAUUGUUGAGACAUCUGGGGCUCUCAACGUGUUGGCGGUCAGUGCAAUGAAAAUCGCCAAUGACAUCCGAUUCUUAGGUAGUGGACCUCGCUGUGGCCUUGGCGAAUUGAGUCUGCCCGAGAACGAGCCUGGCAGUUCAAUUAUGCCUGGGAAGGUGAACCCUACCCAAUGUGAAGCGCUUACUAUGGUCGCCGCGCAAGUAAUGGGUAAUCAUACUACGAUUUCGAUAGCCGGGUCGAACGGUCAUUUCGAAUUGAACGUCUUCAAACCAGUUUUGAUCAAGAAUUUACUGCAGUCUAUUAGGCUACUAGGGGACGGCUUCAGAUCGUUUGAGACUAACUGUGUUGUGGGAAUCGAAGCCAACAAGGCUAGGAUUGAACAAUUGCUCAACGAAUCUUUGAUGCUGGCCACCAUUCUCAACAGUCGACUCGGUUAUGACAAUGUCGCCAAGUGUGCAAAGAAGGCUCACAAGGAAGGCACCACAUUAAAGGAGGCUACAUUAUCUUUAGGCUUGCUCGAUGGCGCUGAGUUUGACAAGAUAGUUCGACCCGAGUUGAUGUUGGGGCCCGAUCAUAAGCCCAAGUCUGGUUAG